UGAAACCUGAAACUGCAGAAGUGGCGUGGUUCACCAAGCUGUUGCGUGCACUCUUUGCUGUGCUCCCUCUAAGAUCACUUCUUCUAAACAGGUUUCACUUAACCUCCAUCAGAGGGGAUUUCAUCAGAGACACGUCUUCUCCUACACUGUAUGAUCCUGAGAGGAAAGGAUGCUCCCUGUGGCCCUUCUUCAGAUCAGUCUGUGUGUGGUGUUUUCCGUUAUCGGCAGCCAGGCCACAACACUACGUUUUUACAGCUCUCUAGAGGGAAGUACGGAUGAGGAAGAACACAGUUACAUUAAUUCCUCUGUGUCCACCAGAGUCCUCUCCAAUGAGUACCAAACCACACCAGCUGAACCAAUCCAACAAGAAACAGACUUGCUGAAACAGCUUGUCAACUUUCUGGAGGAGAACAUGCUCCUAAUCCUUGUGGCAACAACUCUCCUCCUUCUCAUCAUCCUUAUUAUCUGUGGGGCAAUUUUCAUGAGUCGCAGGCGUAAAGUCAAUGCCUACUACCCUUCCUCUUUCCCUUCAAAAAUGUACGUGGACCACCAGGACAAAACCGGAGGUGCUAAACCCUUUAAUGAAGUGCAAGAAAAAUCUUCUCCUGAACAGCAAAAGGAGCCAGUGGACUCUCACAAGCAGCUCCAGGCAGACAUCAUGAGAGCUGCCAAGAGCCUUCGCACACCAAAUAAAUCUGUUGAUGCUGCAGAGGGAAGUGAGUCCUGUCAGAAAGCAGCAGACCUCAAUCCUGAGGACAACUCUAAAGCAGAUGACAGCAUCCUGGACCAGCAGCUAGCAAGUCUCCCUGAGGAGAAGGGCCAGAGUGAGCUUUCUGACAGUGAAGCAGCAGCAGCAGCUACUUCAGAACCGGAUGCUCCAGAGCAGCUGAAAACAGGGGAGGACUCAAGAGAGCCUUCAACUGGCAGGAGUCUCCGGCCUGCCUCUUUACACAUUCACAAUGAUUCUGCAACACUUCAGCUCAUUGCAGGAGAGAAAACUGCCUUCUAGUAACUGAAUAAUGAAUGAUUUGAAUAAAAGAAGAGAUUUGUCAGUUCCAUCCUCACAGAUUUCUACGAUUAUUUAAGCAAAUACAGAUAUGUUCCACCAAAAGAUGUUUUUCCUAUAUUCUGUUUUCACUCAGAUAACCCAGUUAGAGCAGCCUUUCAGCCCUGAUUGAAUAAAUUAUGUAAUUUCAUAAAUAUAUCAUAUUAUCUUUUUUUGGUCAGAAUUUUAGUAUAUUUGUCUGCAAUAUGUAUAAUUAUCCUAAUUACUUUUAAAUAAAACACUAAGAACUGAUUAUAACUCAGUUUUAGUGAAUGUGAGAUUUAAGUACCCGAGGAGCUUCAUUUGACUUGAACAGUAAAACAAAGAAAGAUUGUCUACAUAUGUGCUACACGUCUAUAUUUUAGUCAGUUUAUGAGGUGCAUAUGUGUGAUAGGGUUUAUGAUCAUUUUAUCUAGAUAAACUGUUUCCAGGUUUAUAUUUUGUAACCUUUGGCAUUCAUGAUGAGGCAUCAAGUAAAGAGUUCAACCUGAAUUGCUCCCAUAAACACAAUCUCAAUGUCGAAUAUAUCUAUUUUUCCUAGUAAUAAAUUGGACUGAAAAGUAUGACUGAGAAUACUUUUAUUGCAGGCUUUCAAGAAAGCAUUUAUAAAUAUAACAAAUUACACUUAUUACGAUAAUACCACUGGAUCCCCUUUUUCAUCUGAAGCCACUUCACUGCAUAUCAAUCUGCCAGUGCUUUCAGAGUGCAGACACCACGCAGCUUUUAACUUUGACCUCCACCAUACUUGUCAAAAUAUAACUCUUUCAGAGCAAAAUCUGAAAGUGGCAA